AUGCAAUUGUCAUUCAAGCUUAGCUUGUAUCUCCUCUUUUUGAUUGGUCUUAUUACUACCAAGGUGAUGGCUGGUGGUUCCUGGGACGAUGAUGAUGAUGAUGACGAUGAUGAUUACGAUGAUGAUGACUAUGAUGAUUGGAACAAGAUGCCUGAUGCAGGUAAAGGUGGAUUCCCCCCUACCUCCUCUGUCGGUAGCAUGCAUCCACCCAAUGGCCCUGGUGCACAGCCCGUGCCCACUUAUCCACCUGGUGGAUAUUAUCCCCCACCUUCGGAUGGUGUUGGCUCUACAACUACAGUGACAUUCACCCAACUCAUCACUGAAACUGUCACCACCACAACUCAUCCAUCGGCUUCGAAUACCGAUACAACGAAUCCUGACAAUAAUGACACCUCGGGAAGUUCAUCCAUGUUCCAUGUUGGUGCCGCCCAAUGGAUUAGCACUACCGGUGUCUUGGUGGCCGCUGCUUUCUUUUCCACUCAGCUCAUCUAA